AUGAAGUGCGGAGUCGGCCAUUGUGUUAAACUAUUGAUACGUCAAUUCAAUACCAACGAAACCAACCAAGCCACCGAUAAACCAACCAAGAACCCACCGAAAACCAACCAAGACCACCCGAAACCAACCGAAACCAAACCAAGACCAAGCCAACAUCCCGAACCAGACCGUACAACCAGACCACCCGAAACCAACCAAGGACCACCCGAAACCAACCAAGAUCCACCCGAAACCAACCAACCGUACCAACCAAGACCAACCCCAACCAACCAAACAAGACCGACCAAGCCAACCGACAAGAACCGAAACCAACCAAAAAACAACCGAAACCAACCAAGACCAAGCCUAACACCGAAGCCAGACCGUACCACCAAGACCACCCCGACCAAACCACCAAGACCACCCAGAAACCAACCAAAACCAACCGAAACCAACCAAGACCAAGCCAACACCAAGCCAGACCGUACCAACCAAAGACCACCCGAAACCAUACCAAGACCACCCGAAACCAACCAAAACCAACCGAAACCAACCAAGACCCAAGCCAACACCAAAGCCAGACCGUACCAACCAAGACCACCCGGAAAACCAACCAGAGACCAACCAAGACCGAAAACCACCGAGGCCCACCCAAGACACCAGCACCAAGACCAACACCAGAGUACCCAAGACCACCCGACACCAACCAAGACCACCCGAAACCAACCAAGACCACCCCGAAACCAACCAAGACCACCCGAAACCAACCAAGACCACCCGAAACCAACCAAGACCACCACGAAACAACCAAGACCAAGCCAACACAAGCCAACCGUACCAACCAAGACCACCCGAAACCAACCAACCAACCAACCAACCGAAACCAACCAAGACCCAAGCCAGACACCAAGCCAGACCGUACCAACCAAGACCACCCGAAACCAACAAAACCCAACCGAAAACCAACCAAACCAAGCCAACACCAAGCCAGACCGUACCAACCAAGACCACCCAAACCAAACCAAGACCAACCCGAAACUAACCAAAACCAACGAAACCCAAGACCAAGCCAACACCAAAGCCAGACCGUAUCCAACCCAAGACCACACCGAAACCAACCAAACCACCCGACAAACCAAGCCAACAAAGCCAACCACCACCCAAGAACCAAACCAAACCAAACCACCCGAAACCAAACCAAGACCACCCGAAACCAACCAAACCAAGCCAACACCAAGCCAGACCGUACCAACCAAGACCACCCUAAAACCAACCAAACCAACCGAAACCAACCAAGACAAAGCCAACCCAACCAAUACCAACCAAGACCACUCCGAAACCAACCAAAUAACCAAACCGAACCAACCAAGACCAAGCACCCAAGCAGACCGUACCCGAACCAAGACCACCCGAAACCAACCAAGACCAACCGAACCCGAGACCACCAACCAAGACCACCCGACCAACCAAGCCAAACCAAGGCCAACAACCAAGCCAAACCGUACCAACCAAGACCACCCGAAACCAACCACCACCCGACCACCCAGAACCAACAAGACCACCCGAAACCAACCAAAACCAACCGAAAACCACCAAGACCAGCCAACACCAAAAAGCCAGACCGACCUAACCAAGACCACCCAACAACCAAGACCCACCCGCCAACACCAAAGACGUAACCCAAAACCAACCAAAACCAACCGAAACCAACCAAGACCUAAGCCACACCAAGCCCAGACCGUACCAACCAAGACCACCCGAAACCAACCAAAACCAACCGAAACCAACCAAGACCAAGCCAACACCAACCAGACCGUACACCAAACCAAACCAAACCGACCAACCAACCAAAACCAACCAGCGAAACAACCAAGACCAAGAAACACCAAAGACAGAUCCGUAACCAACCAAGACCACCGAAACCCACAACCAGAACCACCAAACCUAACCAACCAACCAACCACCGAAACCAACCAACCAAACCAAACCAAACCAAGCCAAGACCAAGCCAAACAAGCCAGACCGUACCACCAACCACCCGAAACCCACCAAACCACGAAACCAACCAAGACCAAGCCAACACCAAGCCAGACCGUACCACCAAGACCACCCGAAACCAACCAAGACCAACCGAUCCCAAACCCCGAAACCAACCAAGACCAAGCCAACACCAAGCCAGACCAAAACCCAACCGAACCAACCAAGACCAAGCCAACACCAAGCCAACCGUACCAACCCAACACCCAAACGCAACCAAGACCGACCCGAAAACUAACCAAAACCAAACCGAAACCAACCAAGACAGAGCCAACACCAAGCCGACCCGUACAAACAAGACCACCGAAACCAACCAAGACCACCCGAACACACCAAGACCACCCGAAACCAACCAAGACCAAAGCCAACACCAGCCAGACCGUACCAACAAAGACCACAACCAACCAAAGACCACCCGAAAACCAACCAAAAACCAACGAAACCAACCAAGACCAAAGCCAACAACCAGCCAGACCGUACCCAACCAAGACACCCGAACCAACCAAGACCACCCGAAACCAACCAAAACCACCGAAACCAACCAACGACCAAGCCAACACACAAGCCAGACCGUCCAACCAAGACCACUCCGAAACCGCACCAAGACCACCCGAAAACCAACCCAAGACCAACCUGAAACAACCAAGACCAAAGCCCAACACCAAGCCAGAACGACCAACCAAAUGA